AUGUCAACAGAAACGUAUAGUGAAACUCAAACCGAGAAACACGGUCUAGUAUUAAAUAACGAGAACCAAUCAGCUUUAGCUGUUACUAAUUUUAAUGAACCACUAAAAGUUAUUUUUGACCAUCCGAUUCCUAAGUUGGGAGACUAUGAAAUACUAGUUAACAAUAAAGCAAUUGGAUUAAAUCCUAUUGAUUGGAAAGGCAAAAAAUAUGGCUUUGGUAUUUAUCACUUCCCAUGGAUUAAUGGUAGAGAAAGUAGUGGUGUUGUUGUAAAAAAAGGGAAGAAUGUUGAUGAAUUUGAAUUAGGAGAUAGAGUGAUAAUUAGCAGUACUAGUUACAGAGAUAAUCGAACAAGUACAUUUCAACAGUAUACUGCAAUCGAUUCAAGGUUGGCUUGGAAUCUACCAGAUUCACUUUCUUUUGAAGAUGGUGCAACGGUGGGUGUCGGCUUGGUCACCGCGGGAGUGUUGUUAUAUAAUAGUUUAGAGCUUGAAUUGAAUGAAAAGGCAAAAACUAAAAAAGCUGCCACACUAUUAUUAUGGGGAGGUGCAACCGUGGUAGGACUUUAUGUUACGCAGUUAGCAAAAAUUCAUGGAUUGAAAGUCAUUUCGGUUGCAAGUUUGGAAAAUGAAGAGUAUAUCAAGAGUCUUGGGGUUGACGUGGUGAUCGAUCGUCAUUUAGAUAUUUCAGAGAUUUCAAAGAAAGUAUUGGAAGUUGCAGAAGACGGAAUAGACUAUGGCAUAGAUUGUGUUUCGAGGGAAACUUCGGCUGUUGUGAUUGAUAUACUUAGUAAGUCUUCUUCAAAAUUAAAAGAAGCACGGCCCAUAUUCUCGGGAAUUGUUUCUAUUCCAAAAUAUGUUCCUGAGAAUAUUUCACAUAAAGAAGUAAUCAUCAAGAAAUUCCACGAGGAUGUAAAUUUUGGAAAAAGUCUUGUUGAUAUCACAGCAGGUUAUUUGAGUACGGGUCAAAUCCAACCUGUUAGAUAUAAAUCUUAUAAUGGAGGGCUCCAUACAAUCGAUGGUGCUUUAAAGGAAUUAGAAUUGCUAGGAGCGAAGGCAGAAAAAUACGUUGUGAGUGUUCAAGGAUAG